AAUAAUACGUUUUGAAUCUCUCUAAGUAAUGUAAUAAGUAAUAAGAUUCGUCGGAUCAGUUUUUAUGGGGAGAUUUGACAAAACACUUAAAACAUAACCUCAAAAAAUAAAUUUGUCCUUCAAUUUAAAAAAAAGUCAGCAUUAAAAAUACAAAUUUGGCUUGUUACGUGAACCACGUGUGCAUUUCCAUUUCGUGACGAUAAGCAGCUACUUACUUAUUUAAAGUAAAACCUCGACGUAAGUCGUUCGCCUAAAAAAAUAAAUGUUGCACAAUUUCCUUAAAAGAGAAAGUAUUUUGCGCGUAGAGUGAGAAGCAACAAGGACGACUUUGUGGAGGGAGCCCCUUUUUUUGUAAUUAACUCUUUCUUAUCCGGCUUCGAAACUGUGAGGAUUCUCGUUGGCCCGAAUCACUCGAUUUAAUCGUGCACGUUUUAGUAGCGAGAUAAAAAAUCAAAACGCGACGUUAUUUAUGUAUUAUCGGUUUAAACGUUGCAGGGUGAACAUCGAAAGUUGAAAUUGAAAUAGAAAUUGUGGUGCGAAAGCGAAAAGACGAUUACGAUGGCUUUGAAAACGGAAAAUAAAAAUUUGGAAUUUGUUGUUAAGAAUCUUUUGGCUGGAGGUGUUGCUGGUAUGGUAUCAAAAACAACCGUAGCACCUUUAGAUCGAGUCAAGAUUCUUUUACAAGCGCACAAUAAGUACCACGCCAGACACGGUGUGGUACAAGGUUUAAAACGGAUUAUAACCUCUGAGGGGCCUUUGGCUUUGUACAAAGGAAAUGGGGCUCAAAUGGUGCGGAUUUUCCCCUACGCCGCGGCUCAAUUUACUUCGUUUGAGAUUUAUAAGCGAUAUCUCGAUGGGAUCUUUGGGAAAACGUCGCAUGUCGAUAAAUUUAUAGCUGGUGCAUGUGCUGGAUUAACCUCUGUUAGUUUAACGUAUCCUUUAGAUACGAUCCGAGCACGCUUAGCAUUUCAAAUUAGCGGAGAGCACAUUUACACAGGUAUUGCACAUGCAGCAACGACAAUUUUUAAAGAAGAAGGGGGAACCCGCGCUUUAUACCGUGGAUUUAUCCCUACAUUAAUGGGAAUGGUCCCGUAUGCCGGGUUAUCGUUUUAUAGUUUUGAAUAUUUAAAGUUUGGUUGCAUGAAAUAUUUACCCAACCUAACCUGUAAUAAAUACUCAAAAAAUACGGGAGGAUUAGUUUUAGCUGUCCCCGCGAAAUUAAUUUGCGGAGGAUUAGCCGGGGCGAUCGCUCAAAGUGUUAGUUAUCCGUUGGACGUGACUCGGAGGCGGAUGCAACUCGCUUUAAUGAACCCCGACACGAGUCAUUUCGCGAAAGGAAUGGUUUCGACGUUGGUGCAUAUUUAUAAGGAGCAUGGUGUGGUAAAUGGGUUGUAUCGGGGGAUGUCGAUUAAUUAUAUGAGGGCGAUUCCGAUGGUUGCUGUGUCUUUUAGUACGUACGAAACGUGCAAGCAGUUGUUGGGGUUAGAUACCGGGUUAACGGUGAAGUAAAAAUGAUUUAGAGUAAGAUUUUUGGUACUUAAAGACAAUAAAAAGGGAAUUAAAUUAAGAAAAUGGUUGGGUUGGAAAAUUACACAUUAAAGCAGUAUUAGAAAGAAAUAAAAUUAAUUUGGCUCUCUUAAUAUAAAUUAUGUACAAUAUUAAUGUAAGUACCUGUUUAUUUUUGUAUAAAGAGAUUGUAUAGUUAUUUUUUUUUGUUUUAAAUAAAAAAUAAACUGCUUGAUA